CAGAUUGAAGAAUGUUCUCAGGAGCAGCAAAGUUCGUCUUCGUGAUCAUUUUCGGUCUCAUGGUCAUCGAUUUCACAUUGACAUCGUCCGAACUUCAGUCAGUCUGUGGAGAAAUAAAUGUUACAACCUGGUAUAAUGUGUCUAGGACCAUCAGAGUGACAUAUAUCGAAGAGAAAGACGGUGUGACGAGGAUAAGGGCGAGAAACGAGAUACAUUUCUUCUUAGAAAACAGAACAGAACUCCAAGAUGUCUGCUGCCCUGGUUUCACAAAACAUGGAAAUGCAUGUUUGAUUGUGAAUUGUUCCAUCCCCGAUGUCUUCCCGUCACAUCUGAGUGCAGUGAACAUCGAAUGUUCUUCUGGAGCUACUGUAGAAUAUAAUACAUCAUGUACCUAUGAGUGUGAUACCGGAUACAUGACAAUAAGUCCUACAUCAUUAUCAUGUACAGAAAGUGGGGAGCUGUCAAUGGACCUUCCUAACUGCACAGUUGUGACCUGCUCUAUACCUGAUGAUUUCCCGCCACAUGUCAUUGCAAUAGUAGAUGGCUGUACAUCUGGAUCUUUCAUAGAAUAUGGUACAUCGUGUGCUUACGAAUGUGAUACUGGAUACCAAACUACAGAUCUUACAAAAUCAACUUGUCUAGAAAAUGGAACACUGUCGAUCGAUCUUCCUGCCUGCACAGUUGUGAAUUGUUCCAUCCCCGAUGUCUUCCCGUCUCAUCUGAGUGCACUAAACAACGAAUGUUCUUCUGGAGCUACUGUAGAAUAUAAUACAUCUUGUUCCUAUGACUGUGAUAAUGGAUACAAUACAACGGGUCCUACCUCAUUAUCAUGUACAGAAAGUGGAGAGUUGUCAGGAGAUCUUCCGAAUUGCACAGGUGAUGUCACAUUGACAUCGUCUGAGCUGCAGUCAGUCUGUGGAGAAAUAAAUGUUACAAUCUGGUAUAAUGUGUCUAGGACCAUCAGAGUGACAUAUAUCGAAGAGAAAGACGGUGUGACGAGGAUGAGGGCGAGAAACGAGAUACAUUUCUCCUUAGAAAACAGGACAGAACUCCAAGAUGCCUGCUGCCCUGGUUUCAUAAAACAUGGAAAUGCAUGUUUGAUUGUGAAUUGUCCCAUCCCCGAUGUCUUCCCGUCUCAUCUGAGCGCAGUGAACACCAAUUGUUUUUCUGGAGCUACUGUAGAAUAUAACACAUCAUGUACCUAUGAGUGUGAUAAUGGAUAUAUGACAACAGGUCCUGCGUCAUUGUCAUGUACAGAAACUCGAGAGCUGUCAGGAGAUCUUCCGAAUUGCACAGUUGUGACCUGCUCUAUACCUGAUGAUUUCCCGCCACAUGUCAUUGCAAUAGUAGAUGGCUGUACAUCUGGAUCUAUCAUAGAAUAUGGUACAUCGUGUGCUUAUGAAUGUGAUACUGGAUACCAAACUACAGAUCUUACAAAGCUAACUUGUCUAGAAAGUGGCAUGCUGUCGAUAGGUCUUCCUAACUGUUCAGUUGUGACCUGCUCUAUACCUGAGGACUUCCCGCCACAUGUCAUUGCAAUAGUAGAUGGCUGUACAUCUGGAUCUUUCAUAGAAUAUGGUACAUCUUGUGCUUAUGAAUGUGAUACUGGAUACCAAACUACAGAUCUUACAAAGUUAACUUGUCUAGAAAAUGGAACACUGUCGAUCGAUCUUCCUACCUGCACAGUUGUGAAUUGUUUCAUCCCCGAUGUCUUCCCGUCUCAUCUGAGCGCAGUGAACACCAAUUGUUCUUCUGGAGCAACUGUAGAAUAUAAUACAUCAUGUACAUAUGAGUGUGAUACUGGAUACAUGACGACGGGUCCUACCUCUUUAUCAUGUGCAGAAAGUGGGGAGCUGACAAUGGACCUUCCUAACUGCACAGUUGUGACCUGCUCUGUACCGGAUGACUUCCCGCCACAUGUCAUUGCAAUAGUAGAUGACUGUACAUCUGGAUCUAUCAUAGAAUAUGGUACAUCAUGUGCUUAUAAAUGUGAUACUGGAUACCAAACUACAGAUCUUACAAAUUUAACUUGUCUAGAAAGUGGCAUGCUGUCGAUAGGUCUUCCUAACUGUUCAGUGGUGACCUGCUCUAUACCUGAUGAUUUUCCGCCACAUGUCAUUGCAAUAGUAGAUGACUGUACAUCUGGAUCUAUCAUAGAAUAUGGUGCAUCGUGUGCUUAUGAAUGUGAUACUGGAUACCAAACUACAGAUCUUACAAAGUUAACUUGUCUAGAAAAUGGAACACUGUCGAUCAAUCUUCCUACCUGCACAGUUGUGAAUUGUUCCAUCCCCGUUGUCUUCCCGUCUCAUCUGAGCGCAGUGAACAUCGAAUGUUCUUCUGGAGCUACUGUAGAAUAUAAUACAUCAUGUACCUAUGAGUGUGAUACUGGAUACAUGACAACAGAUCCUGCAUCAUUAUCAUGUGCAGAAAGUGGGGAGCUGACAAUGGACCUUCCUAAUUGCAUAGCUGUGACCUGUUCGAUUCCUGACGCCUUCUCGCCAUAUGUUAGUGCAACAGAAAGUCAAUGUUCAUCAGGAUCUAUGAUAGAAUAUAAUACAUCCUGUACCUAUGAAUGCGAUACUGGACACAGGAUAACUGGUGCUGCAACAUUAUUAUGUUCGGAAGGUGGGCAGCUGUCUGGAAACCUUCCAAACUGCACAGACGUUACGUGUAUCAUUCCCGAUGACUUUCCAUCACAUCUUAGUUCAGUCGAUGGCAACUGUUCACCAAGAUCUUCCAUCGGCUACAACACCACUUGUACUUUUGUAUGUGAUACUGGGUAUAAUCUGGUAGGAUCCAAUUUGGUGUCCUGCACUGGAAGUGGAGCUUUAUCGGCCGAAUUGCCAAGUUGUGCAAAUGUCUCGUGUGACGUGCCAUCGACUUUUGACUCUGUAACGUCAACAUGUGAUGUUGGGUCAACGGUCACGUACAGUACUUCCUGUGAAUUUUCAUGCACUUCCGGUGUCAUUGAGAGUGGAAACGCAGAACGGUUCUGCCGCGCAGAUGGCACAUUUUCUGGCAACGACCUCACUUGCACAGAGGUUAUGUGCAACAUUCCAAUCUAUUCUUCUCCGCUUUCGUCUUCCCAGUGCCAUGCCGGAGGCCGUGUAGCUUUCGGGACACUUUGUCAAUUUAAUUGUGAAAGUGGUGACAUCACUCAACCCGCUAACAUCACCUGUACUAAUACAGGUCAACUGCAGAAUGACCUUCCACAAUGUCCAGUUGUGACCUGCUCUAUACCUGAUGAUUUCCCGCCACAUGUCAUUGCAAUAGUAGAUGGCUGUACAUCUGGAUCUAUCAUAGAAUAUGGUACAUCUUGUGCUUAUGAAUGUGAUACUGGAUACCAAACUACAGAUCUUACAAAGUUAACUUGUCUAGAAAAUGGCAUGCUGUCGAUAGGUCUUCCUAACUGUUCAGUUGUGACCUGCUCUAUACCUGAGGACUUCCCGCCAAAUGUCAUUGCAAUAGUAGAUGACUGUUCAUCUGGAUCUAUCAUAGAAUAUGGUACAUCGUGUGCUUAUAAAUGUGAUACUGGAUACCAAACUACAGAUCUUACAAAGUUAACUUGUCUAGAAAAUGGAACACUGUCGAUCGAUCUUCCUACCUGCACAGUUGUGAAUUGUUCCAUCCCCGAUGUCUUCCCGUCUCAUCUGAGCGCAGUGAACAUCGAAUGUUCUUCUGGAGCUACUGUAGAAUAUAAUACAUCAUGUACAUAUGAGUGUGAUACUGGAUACAUGACGACGGGUCCUACCUCUUUAUCAUGUGCAGAAAGUGGGGAGCUGACAAUGGACCUUCCUAAUUGCACAGUUGUGACCUGCUCUAUACCUGAUGAUUUCCCGCCAAAUGUCAUUGCAAUAUUAGAUGACUGUACAUCUGGAUCUAUCAUAGAAUAUGGUACAUCGUGUGCUUAUGAAUGUGAUACUGGAUACCAAACUACAGAUCUUACAAAGUUAACUUGUCUAGAAAAUGGAACACUGUCGAUCGAUCUUCCUACCUGCACAGUUGUGACCUGCUCUAUACCUGAUGACUUCCCGCCAAAUGUCAUUGCAAUAGUAGAUGACUGUUCAUCUGGAUCUAUCAUAGAAUAUGGUACAUCUUGCGCUUAUGAAUGUGAUACUGGAUACCAAACUACAGAUCUUACAAAGUUAACUUGUCUAGAAAAUGGAACACUGUCGAUAGAGCUUCCUACCUGCACAGUUGUGAAUUGUUCCAUCCCCGAUGUCUUCCCGUCUCAUCUGAGCGCAGUGAACAUCGAAUGUUCUUCUGGAGCUACUGUAGAAUAUAAUACAUCAUGUACAUAUGAGUGUGAUACUGGAUACAUGACGACGGGUCCUACCUCUUUAUCAUGUGCAGAAAGUGGGGAGCUGACAAUGGACCUUCCUAAUUGCACAGUUGUGACCUGCUCUAUACCUGAUGAUUUCCCGCCAAAUGUCAUUGCAAUAUUAGAUGACUGUACAUCUGGAUGUAUCAUAGAAUAUGGUACAUCGUGUGCUUAUGAAUGUGAUACUGGAUACCAAACUACAGAUCUUACAAAGUUAACUUGUCUAGAAAAUGGAACACUGUCGAUCGAUCUUCCUACCUGCACAGUUGUGACCUGCUCUAUACCUGAUGACUUCCCGCCAAAUGUCAUUGCAAUAUUAGAUGACUGUUCAUCUGGAUCUAUCAUAGAAUAUGGUACAUCUUGCGCUUAUGAAUGUGAUACUGGAUACCAAACUACAGAUCUUACAAAGUUAACUUGUCUAGAAAAUGGAACACUGUCGAUCGAUCUUCCUACCUGCACAGUUGUGACCUGCUCUAUACCUGAUGAUUUCCCGCCACAUGUCAUUGCAAUAGUAGAUGACUGUACAUCUGGAUCUAUCAUAGAAUAUGGUGCAUCGUGUGCUUAUAAAUGUGAUACUGGAUACCAAACUACAGAUCUAACAAAGUUAACUUGUCUAGAAAGUGGAACACUGUCGAUCGAUCUUCCUACAUGCACAGUUGUGAAUUGUUCCAUCCCCGAUGUCUUCCCGUCACAUCUGAGCGCAGUGAACAUCGAAUGUUCUUCUGGAGCUACCGUAGAAUAUGAUACAUCAUGUACCUAUGAGUGUGAUACUGGAUACAUGACAACAGAUCCUGCAUCAUUAUUAUGUGCAGAAAGUGGGGAGCUGACAAUGGACCUUCCUAAUUGCAUAGUUGUGACCUGUUCGAUUCCUGACGCCUUCUCGCCAUAUGUUAGUGCAACAGAAAGUCAAUGUUCAUCAGGAUCUAUGAUAGAAUAUAAUACAUCCUGUACCUAUGAAUGCGAUACCGGAUACAGGAUAACUGGUGCUGCAACAUUAUUAUGUUCGGAAGGUGGGCAGCUGUCUGGAAACCUUCCAAACUGCACAGACGUUACGUGUAUCAUUCCCGAUGACUUUCCAUCACAUCUUAGUUCAGUCGAUGGCAACUGUUCACCAAGAUCUUCCAUCGGCUACAACACCACUUGUACUUUUGUAUGUGAUACUGGGUAUAAUCUGGUAGGAUCCAAUUUAGUGUCCUGCACUGGAAGUGGAGCUUUAUCGGCCGAAUUGCCAAGUUGUGCAAAUGUCUUGUGUGACGUGCCAUCGACUUUUGACUCUGUCACGUCAACAUGCGAUGUUGGGUCAACGGUCACGUACAGUACUUCCUGUGAAUUUUCAUGCACUUCCGGUGUCAUUGAGAGUGGAAACGCAGAACGGUUCUGUCGCGCAGAUGGCACAUUUUCUGGCAACGACCUCACUUGCGCAGAGGUUAUGUGCAACAUUCCAGUCUAUUCUACUCCGCUUUCGUCUUCCCAGUGCCAUUCCGGAGGCCGUGUAGCUGUCGGGACACUUUGCCAAUUUAAUUGUGAAAGUGGUGACAUCACUCAACCCGCUAACAUCAUCUGUACUAAUACAGGUCAACUGCAGAAUGACAUUCCACAAUGUCCAGAGACGUGUGGUUCGGCAGUGUGUAGCGAAAGCCAGUACUGUGGAUCUAAUGACACAUGCCGCUGUGUAAGGGGUUCUUUGACAGCACAAGCGGUGUGUUCAGAUUCAUGCAGAGGCGCCUGUUCCAUCAAUGAAAUAUGUGCUGCUAAUAGUGUGGCCAGGGUAUCCGCUUGUGACUGCGCCCCAGGAAAAGUUCGAGAAAUGGACAACAAUCAGUGUCUCGAUGCCGUUAAUCUGGAGGGAACCAUUACGGUGCUGGAGAUCAACGGCUCGGAAGCCAUAUUCUCUGAAGAACUGGGAAACACAGGUAGCUCAGAGUUCCAGCAAAUUGAGUCAACAUUUUCACAACAGAUCAUGUCGACCAUUGGGUCAGUCAAUCACAGCAUCGAUGACGUCACUAUUAUCAGUAUCACGAGCGGCAGUUUGAUAAUCACCUACAGACUCGUCUUUGCGACAGCACCCGAAUCUAACCCGGAAGUACUUGCUGACGAGCUGAGUAUGACCUUAAAGCAGCACCUAGACAGUAAUAACGGAAUACUUGAUUCUACCACAAGUACUAUCUACCAGGUGGAUCGUGAUGCUCCUUCACUACAAGUUUUGACAAUGGACGAAUGUUCAGAUCCCAAUUCAAAUGAUUGUUCUUCAAACGCAAUUUGCAUCAACCACGACUUGGCAGGUGGGUUCACAUGCAAAUGUUUACCCGGAUACCGUGACCUCUACCCUGAAGUACUUCCUGGUCGUUUCUGUUUUACAAAUCAUUCUGAGAAUUCUGAUCCUGAUGAUCCGGUAACUGGAAAAGCAAUGUACCUGGCUAUUGGGAUAGUCUGUGGUGUUUUCAUCGUGAUCGUAGUCAUUGUCCUUCUAGGCAGUCGGGCCUACGUGAACUCAAGGUGGAGAAAGUAUUACGAGGAAAGCGUGAAUAACCCUACGACAUCCGAGACUUACAGUAGAAAAUAUCCAUACCUUGAUAGCUACCAAAUCGAACUCAAUGGAGGCUUGUUUGACGAAGUAAAGAGCACACAGCCACGAGAUCACCCAUUGUAUGUAAACUACUCGCGAACAAACGCUGGAAAUGGUAAAAGGACGUCAAGAAGGAAAGAUUUGACUUCCAACUCUGAGGCUCCGAAGUUUUCCUCUGACGGUCCGACUUAUUCUUCAGCUGGAACGGACACCAAUCUUGAUUAUUCAAAAGCAAUAUCAACCAAUGGUUAUCAUGGGUAUGGCGGACAACAUCUACAUUACCCUUACCAUAAUGGGAUAGUGAUAAAAGACCAUUUGCCGCAGACGAAAAGACUGAAGACGAACGGAGGAGUAGGGAGGUAUUCAUCAACAAAACCCAGAGGCCACAUGGGACAUGGAGACCAUCUACCUUUAGAUGCGCCACAUAGAGCUACAUACGUCACACGAUUUUGAUGCAGCAAGUGGACAUCAUGGUUCGACGACUGACGACGAGCCAGGUUUUCAUCAUUGACCAUUAUGGUCAUCGAUGGUCAGAGUCAUUCAUGUCAAUGAACAAAGCACGCCAAGCGCAAUGGAGGGACUUGGAACACAGUGACGGAAUGCCAAACAUGAACGAAAAAAGGCCCUUGUAUCCACUCUACACCGGUCACCUGCAGUUGACAUCUUGUAAAUUGAUUUUUAAUCAAGUCCUUUGGAACGAGAUUAUUACGUGGAUGUUGUUUUUCCCUCGGAAUGGGACCAGAAUGCAAUACGUGCCUAAAGCAGAAGGGUAGACAUUUAUGAUGAUGACAAAUACUUAUGUUCUAACUUCCACUGAGCGGGAUCGUGCAAAAAGCUACUGACUUUGAUAUUACAAUGAUAAUGCAUAUGAAUUCAUUAGCUUUCAUUACUUUUUCUGAUUUAUUCUGAUUAAAGCAUCAAUCAUUUUGAUUGCACAACAGUAACGAAAGCACCACAAAGUAGAAAUACAUGCAGUAAUGAAAUAAUCAUAGUCUUUAUGGUGAUUAAGAACGUAUGUCGCCUAAAAAAUACAUUUAUAAUAUUCGAGCCUACACUUCGUAUAAAAACUUUUUAGUUAAAGUUACACUUGAAAAAAGAAUCUUAUAACAACUUUUAUUUAGUUAUAAAAGAAAAAAAGUCAAGUAGUCAAGCAAGCGAUAAAAAUCAGUGUUAAUUCAGUAUAUAUCGUAGAUUAAGUUUGGGCAACAAACUUUAGCACAAUGGUGUGAUCUACGCCAAAAAGUCGGCACACUAAAGACCGCCAAUAAAUGUACUUAUAUUUUGGAACGUGUAUCAGCUUUCACUUGGUUUAACCAUCACCUUUUUAGUCUAAUACUCUUUUCGGCUAACUUCAAUUAUUUUAGCGCCAAGACAGUCCAAAUUCCACUUCGUAUACCUAUUGUUGUUGUUUUUUGCACUUUGUCAAAUGAAAAUUUGGAUCAUGAACAGUUCAAUCUAAUCAUACAUGUAUAGAAAAUAAGUGGUGUCAGAUCAAGGCGUAUUAAUAGACGAAACGGUUUUAGCCUACCUGGAAAUUCGACAAAAUGGUAAAUGGGCUAUUAAAGUUGUAAUAAGAUCAAAAUGUUAACAAAACAGUUGUAGGCAAACUAGAAUUAGACCGCGUGGGUGAAGAUCAAACGGGAAGUAGACAUGGCCCUGGGAAGCGACCAAUUUGACUUCCAUUUUGUAGCGAAAACCUUCUUUUUUCUUAUUUUUCUUUUCAAAUUUAAAUCAUCAUCUCCUGUAAAAAAAAAAUCGUUCCCAGGGAUCUGGAAUUAGACAUAAAGUGUGUGCAGAUCAAAGAGAUCUCUAAGAUGUAGACUGGAUGCCAUUUUGCCGAAUGUUUGUCUUGAUUCUCAAUUGCGGACUUUCUAACAAUACUAUUUGGCACAUGAUAUUUAAUUCUUCAUUUAAAAAAAAAUAGAUAAUCUUGUUUUCCACCUCGUUUUGAAGUCGUUACCAGAGAGUGAAUAUACUUUUCUUUUCAAGCACAUUUCGGUUUACUCAAGUACUCGACAAAAAACUCAUUACAUAAUUAUUAAAAGUGGUUGAUGAAGUGGGAUUAGACGAGAUGAGAGGAAAUAAUUAUGUUUGAAACAGAAUGUGGUUUGAUGAAUGGAAUAUUAUCAUUAAGAUACGAAAUGUAUGGAAAAUGAUAAUAUAGAAUAAUCACUCCUUGGGGGCAUUUCAUCAACAUUAUUGUCCGACAAGUUAUCGGAUCUGACAACUUUUCUCCCUUUUCUUUGGCUGAGAAGCACUGUUACUAUGGUAACUGUUUGAUAAAUCAUUCGACAGGUCUUUCAAUGAAACGCUCUCAUGAUGGCCAUUUUAAAGUUAUUAUUAUCGUCUUCGGUAUAAUUUUGUAAAGGUGAAUUAUGAUAGUAAUAAAAAUAACAUUGAAAUAGA